AUGGAAGGUCUAAGGAAUGUGAAAGUAAUAGCUUUAGUUGAUGCGGUGGACUGCAUUCAGAUUGGCCCAUUGGAUCUAAGUGCUAGUUUGGGCCAACUUUUGGAUCCAGUAAAUGAAAAGGUAAAGGCCAUGAUGAAUGGGGCAGAAGAAGCGGUUAUUGGGCUAAAGUCCAAGAAAAGAAAUGGUUCAAAUGGGCCUUACUUGGCUGGUUUUGAAGAGCCAAAUAAUGGGCCUGAUGAUUUGAGGGCCCGUGGAUACAACAUGGUGUUUGGUGGAGUUGACAUUGGGCUUUACAGGAAUGCUGCACUGGAUGAUGUAAAGAAGUUUAAAAUGGGCCUUAACCCGACAAGUGAAAUAGAUACAACUGCUGAUGUGUCUAGUUUUGUAAAUAUUGAGAGUAAAUAA